CCCCCCAUCGCAUUUCCAGCAGCAGAUUGCAGAUGAGCGGCUGUCAGCGGGCAGCUUGAUCAGCCCACACACACAACACCAGAGCCUGGUGAGUCACACCUGAACCCUGUGCCCAUCGCCAGCUUCUUUGGGGGCGGAGCCUGUUAGGGGACGACAGGAGGAGAGACCGUGACGAAGACGAAGACAUCCUGAGACAUGGUGGCCUCAUGGUGAGGAGCGCAUGUGAAGACCCUGCAGGCCGAGCAUCCGUCCGUCCGUCCGUCCUGUCCCGGUUCCUCCCAGCCCUCAGGUGAGCCGUGAUCCUCACAGAUGAUCCAUGGAGGUCUCCUGGCUCGUCCUCCUGGUGUCGGCCGCCGUCUUUGCCGCCAUCUUCCUGCUGUUGGUUACCUGUGUGGACUGUACAAACCAAGGCCCAUUGGGUGAGAGGAAGCCCCGCCUCCCUGCUGCCACAUGUGCUCACAUCAUCCAAAGAACCCCUUCAGAGGAGGACGUGCCGCCCAGCGGAUUCAUCGUCAUCCAUCCACGAACCGGAUCCACGCUGCCGGCCGUGGACGUUAACCCCGCCCACCCCUCAUCCAUCGCCCUGUCGCCAUACCCGAGCUCUGCUCAUCCUGGAUACCGGCGGCCCACCACCCCGACAGAAACCGAGAGCAACCCCAGCUACGAGAACUCAGGAAUGCCUUCCGCACAGCGAGAGAGCGACGGCGAAGACACCGGAUACAUAACCGUGCUGCCCGAAAACGACCCUGGGAAGAGUCGGGCCUCCACGCCCAGCUCAGAAGACCCCGACUGCUCCUCCUCUUCUUCUACAGAUGAUCUACACGAGUACGUAAACGUCGAGUCCCAGGGGUCCAGCAACUACCUGAACGUUCCCAGCCCGAGCAACGCAAGAUCAACCCCUGAACCGUCGUGUCCGAGCGUCAGCGAUGACGAUGACGACAACAACUAUGUGAACCAGCUGCCGAUCAACGACGGCUAACCUGGUGCUGGGACCCCCCCCCCCCGGACCCCCCUGAGUCAUGGUUUUUGUAGAGACCCAACUGACCACAGACCCCCCCCCCCCCAACUGAGAUCAUUUAGACGGCAGGGGGGGUAUUUUCUUUGUAACCCCUGUUCUAUCCUAGGCACUUUAACGUUGGGAGUGGGGUCAUCUAGACCCACUAGACAGUGGGUCAUCUAGACCCACUAGACAGUGCUCUGAACCUU